GCUGGUGAAUCCGGUAAAAGCACAAUAGUCAAACAGAUGAGGAUCUUGCAUGUGAAUGGAUUUAACGCUGACUCGGAGAAGAAAAUGAAAAUUCAGGAUAUUAAAAACAAUAUUAAAGAAGCUAUAGAGACAAUAGUGACAGCAAUGGGCAAUUUGGCACCUCCAGUUGAACUAGCCAAUCCUGAGAACCAGUUUCGAAUCGACUACAUCUUAAAUUUAGCCAACCAGAUAGACUUUGAUUUCCCACCGGAGUUCUAUGAGCAUACAAAAACACUUUGGCAAGACGAAGGUGUUAGAGCCUGCUAUGAGAGAUCUAAUGAAUAUCAACUGAUUGAUUGUGCACAGUAUUUCCUAGACAAGAUUGACAUAGUCAAACAAAAUGACUAUACACCGUCUGACCAGGAUCUUCUCAGAUGCAGAGUUUUGACAUCAGGAAUUUUUGAAACCAAGUUUCAAGUGGAUAAAGUAAAUUUUCAUAUGUUUGAUGUUGGAGGGCAACGAGACGAACGCCGAAAAUGGAUCCAGUGUUUUAAUGAUGUGACUGCUAUCAUAUUUGUGGUGGCAAGCAGUAGCUACAACAUGGUUAUACGAGAGGACAAUCAGACCAAUCGGCUCCAAGAAGCACUAAACCUCUUCAAGAGUAUCUGGAACAACAGGUGGCUACGGACCAUUUCAGUAAUUCUUUUCCUGAAUAAACAAGAUUUGUUAGCAGAGAAAGUUUUGGCAGGGAAAUCUAAAAUUGAAGACUACUUUCCAGAAUUUGCUCGCUACACUACACCAGAUGAUGCAAUACCAGAGCCUGGUGAGGAUCCCAGAGUUACAAGGGCCAAGUAUUUUAUUAGAGACGAGUUUCUUAGAAUCAGCACAGCAAGUGGAGAUGGAAGGCACUAUUGCUAUCCUCACUUCACAUGUGCAGUGGAUACAGAGAACAUCCGGAGGGUUUUCAAUGACUGUCGGGACAUUAUUCAGCGCAUGCACCUUCGCCAAUACGAGUUGUUGUGAUGGAGAGCACUUUUUUCUGUGUUUUGGACUCCUUAUUCCGCAUUAAAAAAAAAAAAAGAAAAAACCACCCUUGCCCACAUAGGGUGGAAGAGAACUGUUUGAAUCUCCCAUUGAUUUGCACCCCUCAACUUUUUCUCCUUGCUGGACAACAGCAGCACUUCUAAGCUUGCUUCUGUACCCCUCGGACAGUUUGAGAUGGCCCCUAACACUUGAAAGGCCAUUUCCAUGAGGAUUCCCUAACACUGUUAUUAACAAAAAAAGAGAAAGAAAGAAAGAAAGAAAGAAAACCUAAUCAAUU